CUCAUCACUACUUUUCACCUCUUCAGCACGUGCAUACCACAAAAAUGUAAUUAUCGGCAGCCCCGCCCCCUUGGUUGGAAGUCACGUGACCAGAUACACUAUGCAAAUGAGUUCCUAUUGUGACGUCAUUGCAUCUAUAAAGUGCUCCUGUAAAAUGAAUUUCAAACUCGCAACACUAUAUGUGGGUGAUCUGCACCCUGAAGUGACAGAAGCCAUGCUUGUAGGAAAAUUUAGUCCUUCAGGCCACCUUCACUCCGUCCGGGUCUGCAAAAAAUGGGAGACCGGCGCUUCACUUGGCUAUGCAUAUGUCAACUUUUACCAGCAAUCUGAUGCUGAGCGAGCAUUGGAAACACUUAAUUGUGUGUCCAUUAUGGGGAAGCCAAUGAGAGUCAUGUGGUGUCAGAGGGAUUCCACCAUAAGGAAGAGCGGCGUUGGAAACCUGUUUAUUAGAAACUUAGAUGUGGAAACAGAUGACAGCACGGCCCUUUUUGACCUUUUUUCAUGCUUUGGGAAAGUUCUGUCAUGCAAGGUUGUACCUUACAAAACGGGGACAAAAGGGUACGGUUAUGUCCAGUUUGAGAGUCAAGAGGCGGCGAAUUUGGCAAAGGAACGACUCAACGGCAAACUUUUCAACAACCAUAUAAUAUCCGUUGAACACUUUAAAUCUCGGAAGGAGCGUGAUGCAGCAGUGAACUGUCAGAAUGAACAGAAAGAGAUUCUGGACCUCUACAUAAAGAACCUGGAUGAACAUAUAAAUAAUGAGUACCUUUACAGGGAGUUCUCCAAAUUUGGAACCGUCAUAGACGCAAAGGUCAUAAUGGAAAACGGACGAUCCAGAGGGUUCGGAUUUGUGCAAUUUUUAUCUGCCAAAGAAGCAGCGGAGGCCAGGCGUCAGCUGAAUGGCACAAUCUGGGGAAGGAAGCCGAUCUAUGUGGGUGUGGCCCAGCACAAAGAAGAACGUCAGAGAGUGAAACCAGCUCCGCCUCAAGUUCCAGCUGUUGAACAGAGUCCAUCUCCACCUCUGGUUCCAGAUGUUGAACAGAAUCCAGCUCCACCUCAGGUUCUAGCUGUUAAACAGAGUCUAGCUCCACCUCAAUUCUCAGUUGUUAAACAGAAUCCAGCACCACCUCAGGUUCCAGCUGGUAAACAGAGUCCAGCUCCACCUCAGGUUCCAGCUGGUAAACAGAGUCCAGCUCCACCUCAGGUUCCAGCUGGUAUACAGAGUCCAGCUCCACCUCAGGUUCCAGCUGGUAUACAGAGUCCAGCACCACCUCAGGUUCCAGCUGGUAAAGAGAGUCCAGCUCCACCUCAGGUUCCAGCUGGUAUACAGAGUCCAGCACCACCUCAGGUUCCAGCUGGGAUACAGAGUGCAGCACCACCUCAGGUUCCAGCUGCUAAACAGAGUCCAGCACCACCUCAGGUCCUAGUUGUUGAAAAGAGUCCAGCUCCACUUGAAGAUAACUCUGUAAACGAGAAAACAGCUCCACUUGGAGCUAAAGAUUUAGUUGAAGUGCCUAUUAUAUCUGAGGUAUCCACAACUGCAUCACCUCAACCGCACUUCACCAUCUAUAUGUUGGAAUCAAAUUCAAAUUUUGAAGAACAGUUCCAGAUGGCACAUGAUCACCUAUUACCUCUAGUACAGAAAAUCCACCCAUCUGAUCCAAAUAAAUCAACGUGGAUGUUGGUUAAAAGUGAAAAGAACUAAGAAAUACCAAACAUGAACCUGACUUCCUGAAUGGCAAAGAAACUGUAAAGAUGCAAGAUGCUGAAGAAAGAAAAGAAGAAGUAACAAUUAAAAAAACUCAGAAGCAAGAAAAGGAAAAGUCAAUUAAAGUCUCCAAACUACAUUAUAAUGUUUUAAAAUGGUUUUAAAAUGGUUGUGAUUCCUGUCAUUUUAUUCGAACUUAAUGAGGAAAUCGAUUGUGACAAAGUAGAAAAUGUAAAUAUAAUAUAUUAAGCAUUUUCCUGGAACCUCCAUAAAAUUAGAUGUAAA